AUGAACGAGAGGCACUUGAUUAACAACAUCGUUAUAAAAUACUUCGUUGGGAAGAGGUACUCCAAAUGCAUGUACAAGAGAAGAGACGAUCCAGAUGGGGGGCUACUGCGUCUGUACAAAUUUGCAAAAUGGUACAAAGAACUAAAAGCGGUCGACAGUUACUACGAUCGGUCAAAUGAACGGUUGUAUGUUACCUACACAAGUGAUAAAGACAUGAAGGUGUCUCAUGUAAAGCAGAGAAUUAUUAAGCAGAAGGUUCUGAAAAAUUUUACAAUGGUUUUUUAUGGUUGUCUUGUCUUGUUGGUGGUACUAUCAUGCAUUGCAUGUCUAUUAGUUUACAAUAACAACAAGCACGUUGAAUGUACCCUUCCAUACGGAGACUGCCCGGUAAUUCUACAUAAGGGGGUAGAUAAUUUUUUUAUAAAUGUAAGGAUGCAUGAACUGAGCAAGGAUCGCAUACUGGAGGCUUACUUAGCCAUGAAGAAUGCUCAAAGGAGCAGGUUCAGUAAGUCGGAAGGGAAGGGAAAUAUCUUCCACGGAGAAGCUGAUGGAAUUAAGUUGAAAAAGAAAAAAAAGUAUUCCCUUCUAAGUACAAAUAAUGUCAAGUGCAAGGAAUGCAAAGUUGUUUUCCACCUCGAGGGCAAAGAAACGCAUGAGGACAUCUUCCAUUUCGAGGAUGUUAACAAAUGCAAAAAGACCAUCAGGAGGGAAAACUGUGUUCAUGUGAAGGAUGGCACCAUGUGGAAUAACCGCAUUCAUCUGUACAAGCGGUACAGCGGACCGAUAAAGAACAUGGAUACGCUUGGGAGGGGGGCAGCGCGUGAGAAGGUCGUCCUGGACGAUCGAGUGAUGUUCCUCCAUCCCUCCCUCAAGGAUUACGUACUGAACUUGGACUAUUUCACACUACGAAGCGAAGCAGGGAAAAGAAUCCCCGUGAAUGAGGAACCACUGAGGGGUGGAAGAAACCUGAAGGAGAAGAAUCAACACAUCUGCCACCCUGACUACAGGAAGACGUUUUGGAACAAUACCUUCUACUGGCUGUGCCCCCAAUUUUACGAAGAGGACAGAGGAUCCCGCGAGUACACCAUUGCCCUAUCCAUCAUGCAGAUGGUAAACAUGCAGGGAUCAGGAGAAGCGGACGAAAACAAACACCUCCUUGAAAUGGGAAAGUUGAGUGCAACGCCUCGUCGGUACGACCACUUUGGGUUUAUCGAACACAAGUUGGAGCUCCCUCUUAAGGUGGAUAUAUUCAGCCGAUUCCAACCGCACGAUGUAGAAACUGAAAACAUGGACAUGCUGGAAAAAAUCUAUAGAGUAUUCUUCUGCCAGGGUCCUCGGGGAUCCCCUUCCGAAGGGAAGAAACCUCAUCCCUACUCACAUUCUGGCGCUUCACAUGAGGAUGGAAGAUCGAGAAGGAAGUUCUCCUUUUCCAACGAUGAGGGUGAGCAGAAGGAAACAAGGGGGAUGUUACAUGGAACGGGAGUAAUGGAUACGUAUAAUGAUGUAGAGAAGGAAAAUACAUCGAUUCACAUGGAUAAUACUUCGAUGACUGAUGAGGAAGAAUAUCUCUCUAUGGAGGAUAUAUGUCGUGAAGACAAGUACCCUGAAGUGGAAAAUAUGGCAGAUGUGAAGGAAUCGUCAACUAAAGAAGGAAAGGGAUACAAUAGAAAAGUUCACAUUAAAGAAAUACCAACCUUUGAAAAAAACAAACGAAAGGAAAAAGAAACAAAAGGAUUGAAUAAGGAACUAGUGAUUAUAUCUCCUUCUUUAUUUUUUGGAAUUAUGGACAGGACGUUAGAUGUUGUCUUUUUUUUGUUAGUCCUUCUGCUUGGAAUGAUCUUAGUGAUGGUGGCUAUUUAUAUUUGCCUGACCAUCGGGCAUGAUGUGUCUGUUAUUUUGAAGGACCAAGCAGAUAUUGAGGAGAUGCCCAGAUACUUGAAGCGAAUUUCAAAGCAGAUCACUGGGGGUGGUGACUGCAUCUCUGUUGGAGGUAGCGAUGGGGGUUACUUUAGAAUCCAGCGUCGUGCGAGCGAUCCAUUUUAG